CAUUACAUGUUCGUAAGUGUUCGUAGGUAAAAGACAGAAAAGUAACGCAAUACUCAAGCAUGAAAGGCGAGACAUCUCUCGCAACUUUGAGUUCAGCCUGGCAGGAGCACGAGAUCACUUACAGUGCCUCUCAGGCUUGCCCAGCAACAUCGAGUUAAGCAAAGACUCCCUUCCAUAUCAAACACAGCACGGUCCCAUCGUUAAGUGAGGUCGAAGCAGAAGGUCCUCAUAUUCCCCGUCAAGAUGCGCCUCCGCACCCUCGCAGUCCUCAGUUGUCUUGCGUCUUUCGCUACGGCCGACUAUAUGAUCGCGAGGACCGAAUGUUUUGCGCGGUGCGAUAGCAGAGCCUCCACAUGGUACACUGCGUACGGGUCAUACUGGAUUGAUGCGAACGAGGGUUGCCGGGAUCCGCCCGACGUUCCGGCCAUGAACCAAAUCUGUAUGGAUUGGGGUAAUCAGCGAGGACACUUUUACUUUGACGGCCAGUCCAGGCGUUGCAUCCGGAAGACCUCGGAGUGGGCAGAAGGUACUCGAGCGGUAUCGCGGUGGGACGAGGUUGCUUGCACCUGGUGAUCGUCACCAGCCGAUGAUGGAGACAGGAGCAUGCGGAUUCCAUGCACUUUAGUAGCACACGAAAGAGAGCGAAAUACACAAGACACCAACCGAAUACAAUAUUGAACGACCUGAAAC